AUGUCAAGCCUUGCGAAGCUGGGGCAGUAUCAAAUGAGCGUUGCCCCUCUACGGACGUGUCGCGUAAAUUCACUUAACAAUGGAUGUGUCGUGCAAAGGCCAGGCACUGAUGUGAUGACUCAAGGUCACGAACCCUUGUCUAUAAUGGACGGCAAUCUUCAGACAGAUUUCUCCACGAAGACCAAACGAGGCAUUUUCCUGUCCAGGAGCCUCACCCUUGUCAUUCUCAUCAUAUUCGCAUUAGCACUCGUCGCUACAGCCUUCAUAGUGUACAAUUUUGCUGCAUGCCCAAGAACUGAUCAUUUAGCUAAUGUCACCAAACUAACUUACUGUGAACAAUCUAAGUUACUAGUUAUACCUCUAAGUACUGAUAGUACUACAAGUGUUUCUGUUGAAAGUACAACCAGCUACGCAGAAACAACCACUAAAGAAGUAGAUAACACUGUGACUGAUGUUAGACUACCAACGAAUAUAAAACCAGAUAGCUAUUUGUUAAAACUAACUCCUUAUAUAAUUGAAGGAAACUUUACAUUUGAUGGUGAAAUCAGCAUUGUUAUAACUGUGAAAAAUAACACAAACAGAAUAACUUUUCAUGGUGUAGAAUUAAGUUUUAAUAAAAUAAAUUUGUAUAAAAAGGAAGAUGGGAAAGAAAUUAAAAUAAUAAGAAGAACUGAAGAUGUCGCUAGACAAUUCCAAAUUCUUGAUAUAACAGAAACUUUGAUAGCGGGACAACAGUAUGUUCUUAACAUUACUUAUGUAGGAAUCUUGAACGACAAUCUUCAUGGGUUUUACCGAAGUUCGUAUGAAGAGAAGAAAGUCAAAAGAUGGAUAGCAGUGACUCAGUUUCAAGCUACCGAUGCAAGACGUGCAUUUCCAUGCUGGGACGAGCCUGCUUUGAAAGCAAAAUUUACUAUCAGUAUAGCGCGAUCAAAUAAUAUGACUUCAGUGUCUAAUAUGAAUAUGGUUGGAAGAAGCCCACAUGAAGUUCUGAAGGAUUAUACUUGGGAUCAUUAUGCGGAGUCGCUUCCAAUGUCGACAUACUUAGUCGCCUUCGCUGUGACAGAUUUUGGAAACAUGAGUGACCAUAACUUCUCCGUAUGGGCGAGGAAAGAAGCUCUACCCUCAGCGGCCUAUGCUCUUGAUAUCGGACCUAAAAUAUUGAAGUUUCUAGAGGAAUAUUAUAAAAUUAAAUUUCCUUUGCCAAAAAUAGACAUGAUCGCUUUACCAGAUUUUAAAGCAGGGGCGAUGGAGAAUUGGGGCCUGCUAACAUUUAGAGAGAUUGCUAUGUUAUAUGAAGAAGGCGUGUCCCCUACAACGGCAAAGGCCCGAGUAGCUUCUGUCGUUGCUCAUGAGAUUGCUCAUCAAUGGUUUGGAAACCUGGUGACACCAGCUUGGUGGUCGGAUAUAUGGCUUAAUGAGGGCUUUGCUAGCUAUGUGGAAUAUGUAGCUGUAGAUGCUGUUGAAAAAACUUGGAAGCUUAUGGAGGUAUUUGUUUUGAAUGAAGUUCAAAGCGUGUUCAAAUUAGAUGCACUUACAUCGUCUCAUCAAAUAUCGGUGGAAGUCGGAAAUCCUGAAGAAAUUGGAGCUAUUUUUGAUAAAAUUUCUUAUGGAAAAGGGUCAGCUAUUCUUCGUAUGAUGAACCACUUUUUAACGGACGAAGUAUUUAAUUCUGGCAUUACUGAUUACUUAAAUGCCAAAAAGUACGGGGAUGCCGAGCAAAGAGAUCUUUGGAGUGCACUUACUAAUGCAGCAAGAGAGAAGGGUUCUUUUGAUGCCGAUGUAGCAGUCGUUAUGGAUUCCUGGACUUUGCAGACUGGGUUCCCAGUAUUAUCAAUAACAAGGGAUUAUAAGACUGGUGCCAUUACAUUCAGACAGGAACGUUUUGUAUUGAUAAACGAAACAAAUGAGUUGCAUAAUUCUUCAGUUUGGUGGAUACCCAUAUCAUAUACAACUGCUAUUGAAAAGGAUUUUGAGUCUACUCGGCCUAAAAUAUGGCUAAGAGGAGAGAGAUCCAUUGUUGUACAUAAUAUAACCAUAAGUGAAAAUGACUGGCUUAUUGGUAAUAUACAACAAACAGGAUUCUACCGCAUUAAUUACGAUCAACGAAAUUGGGAGAUGUUGAUUAAGAUUCUUAACGAUAAAUCUCGUUUUGAAGAAAUUCACCCGAUUAAUCGAGCACAAAUUGUCGAUGAUGCUAUGAACUUGGCAUUAUCUGGCCGCUUGGACUACACGACUGCUUUGGAUAUUACAAAUUAUUUAGCACAUGAAAGAAGUUACGUGCCUUGGAAGGCUGGACUCGUGGCGUUAGGUUACAUUGAUACCAUGUUAUCGAAAGGCGCGUACUAUCUAGAAUACAAGCGGUACGUUCUAAGUCUCUUGAAUGGAGCUGUCCAGGAGCUGGGUUGGGAAGUGACGAGUAAUGAGAGCGUGGUUCGAGCUCAGCACCGAGUCGACAUUAUAUCUACAGCUUGUCAUCUACAGCAUGUUGAAUGUUUAGAACAUGCUGUGAGAUUGUAUACCAAUUGGAUGUUGACACCUAAUCCUGACGCUUAUAACGAGAUACAUGCUGAUAUUCGUAGCACUGUUUAUUGCGUGGGCAUUCAAGCCGGAGGUGCUAGGGAAUGGCAGUUCGCCUGGGAAAGGUUCCUUGUAGCGAGCGCGCCUUCAGAAAGAGAACUUUUGCUUUCUGUACUGGGCUGUACAAGGGCGCCAUACUUAUUGUACAGGUAUUUGGAUCUAUCUUUAAGGAACGACAGUGGAAUACGUAAACAGGAUACGAUCAGAGUUUUUUCAGCUGUCGCCAGUUCAUCUAUUGGGGAACCGAUUGCUUUUAACUUCGUCAGGGCCAACUGGCUCCGGCUUAAGGAAUAUGUCGGCUCCGUGUCCACAUUGAAUUCUAUCUUGAAAGUUGUAACGAGAAGAUUAAACGAAGUUCAUGAAUAUGAGGAGUUAAAGAGAUUUGUCGGAGAGUCCUGCAGUGAUCUGGGAAGACCGGUCCAGCAGGUGUUGGAAAGAACAGCUGCAAAUGUCCAAUGGAUGCAAAGGAAUUACCGAAAUAUCGUGGAUUGGCUCCUGGAAGCAGAAAAAACUAAAACAGCAUAA